AUGCCUGCUGCUAAGGAGGGAGGCAGUGCCAGUUUGCAAUUUCCAAAGAUUGGGUACCGAUCCUACGCUUUGUUGAAACUUCAUUACGGUUUUGUGCCGAACGUUGCCUGGAUGCAGGAAAUGGAAAAUGGAAUGGUUGAAGCAUCAGACUAUCAACAGCUGAGUAGACAAUAUAAAUAUAAUCAUGGUCGUGUAGGGAGUAGUAGCACUGCAAUGUAG